ACACCCCAUGAGUUUCCAGUUGCACCCCCACGCAUCCGCCCAGUCUAUAAAACAGGUUCCUACGCGAGCGGAGCAGCGUGAAUUGCUUUUUUUCUGUCUUUCAGGCCCAUUUAUGUGUCUUGUGGAUUAGGGUUUUACCGGUGGAACUGAUGCGUCGACAGGGUUUACUGUCCUGUGCAAACUUUUGAAGGGUGUUUUCAUGCGGGGACAGUCCGUCAUUGUCGCACGAUGGCAAAGACGUUUUCUGUUCUUUCUCUCGUCGGCAUUAUUUCUGGAAUCAGCUGUGUAACAGCUAUGGACCUCAGGUUUAUGUCUGAUCCUCCAACACUAAGCAUUCUAAACAAAACACACAAAAUCAAUGUUUCAGACACACUGGAAAUUACAUGCAGGGGGCACCAGAUCUUGGCGUGGUACAUGCCUCACAACCGCACUGGCUCCGAGGGAAGGCUCACUGUGUCCGACUGCAGUGGGCAUGGUCUGUUCUGCAGCACUCUAACACUGACAGCAGCGAUGGCCAAUGAGACCGGAGAAUAUCGGUGUUCCUACAGAGACCUGCCUGUUGAGGAGGGCAAGACCUCGGUGAUGGUGUAUGUCUUUGUGCAAGACUAUCGCAUGCCCUUCAUCCGCUCCACUCAAUACGACGUGGUCUUCAUCCGCGAGGGAGAGCAAGUGGUCAUCCCCUGCCUGGGGUCUGUGGAGGACCUCAACGUCACUCUAUACUCAAAGUAUCCGGUGAAGGAACUUCCCACAGAAGGGAAGGACGUGUACUGGGACAGCAGACGAGGAUUCGUUGUCCCUAGUCAUGUGAUCAGCUAUGCGGGCAUAGUGUUCUGCCAAACACGCAUCCACAAAGAGACAUUCCAGUCCUCUGCCUACAUCGUGGCUGUCAUGGGAUAUAAGAUCUAUGACCUCACUGUGAGUCCUGCCCAGGAGAAGCUGACCGCAGGCGAGAAGUUGGUCCUCAACUGCACUGCUCACACCGAGCUCAACGUGGCCAUCAACUUUCAGUGGACCCUCCCUCAGAAAAAUGCCAACCGUACCAUGCACUACAAGACCAGGUCCUAUAAGAGGAAGCUGUGGAAUUCUCUGGAACUGUCCAAUCUGCUCAUCAUGGAGAACGUAACCACCAGUGACAUGGGGGAAUAUGUGUGCACUGCGUCCAGCGGUCAGAUGGUCAAAGCUGCACAAGCCUAUCUCACAGUUUAUGAGAAGCCCUUCAUAGCACUGAAUGACCAGCGGAUUCGCACGGUGGAUGCAAACACUGGCCAGAGAGAAGCAAAGAUCACUGUCAAAUACAUUGCCUAUCCAGAGCCUAAUGUGAGGUGGUUUAAGAAUGGCCAUCUUAUUUCCAGUGAAGCGUACAGGAUGAGGUCAGCCAAAGACUCUCUCACUAUAUUUGAAGUAACAGAAAGGGAUGCUGGGAAUUACACCGUGGUCUUGACCAAUAGGAUGACCAGAGAAGAGCAGAAACAGACAUUCCAGCUGCUGGUCAAUGCUCACCCUAAGAUCUUUGAGAAGGAAGUACCCUUGGACCGAAACAUUCACAUGUUUGGCAGCAGUCCUAUGCUCACGUGCACAGCCUUUGGAGGUUCCAGUCCCGUCUCUAUCAAGUGGCAGUGGAUGCCCAGUGAGGACUGUCCAAUCAGAUUUCAGCUCAGGGCUGAUCAGAAUUCGGAAUGUGAGGACAAAUGGAGGGAUAUUUCCAACAACACGGGAAAGAAUCCUAUCAAUCAGCCGACUAGCUUCACAGACCACUCCCUCAAGACUGUCAGUACUCUGAAGAUCCAGAAGGCUGUGACCCACGCCCUGUUCAGAUGUAUUGCCACCAAUAAGGUGGGAGUGGAGGAGAGAGUCAUCAUCUUCCAAGUGACACGCUUUCUGAACCUUAGCGUGUUCCCCUCCAGCCGUCCUAUAGAGGGUGAAGAUGUGCAUCUGAGCUGCGUGGUGGACCGUAUGCUCUACUCCAACUUGAGCUGGUACCGGGUGCUGAACGUAUCCAAGCCGCACGAGCUCCCGGCGUUUGUGCCCUGUGGCACCCUCGCGCUGACUCCUCUCAACCAGCCCAACUCCACCAUCGUCAAAGUGUCUGGCCCCAACGCCACCCUGGACCUGCAUCUGCCCCAGGCCUCCCGCCGAGACCAGGGCCUGUACGCUUGCCGGGUGGAGAACGCUGACAACAGUGAGAGGACCUGCCUGCUGCACCACCUGCAGCUCAGAGCUCUGGAGGCACCGUGGAUAGUGAACAACCUGACGGAGCAGAGGGUGAACAUGAGCGACUCCACCACGCUGGUGUGCGAUGUGAGUGGCACGCCAACGCCCGUCAUCACCUGGACCAAAGACAACCAGACCGUCAUGAAGGGAUCUGGUGUUAUCCUGACUGAGUCGAACCGCACCCUGACCAUCCAGAGAGUCAAGAAAGAAGACAGUGGCAUGUACAUAUGUACCGCUUGCAAUAAACUGGGCUGCGACUCCAGCAAGAUGCACCUCACAGUGGAGGGGGCGGAGGAGAAGAUGAAUGUAGAACUGAUCGUACCGAUCGGCGCCGUGGUUAUUGCCAUGUUCUUCUGGCUCCUAGUGGUCUUUGUCAUCCGCAACAGGAAACGGCCCAACGAUGGAGAAAUGAAGACAGGCUACCUGUCCAUAAUCCUGGACUCAGAGGACAUGCCCAUGGACGAGCACUGCGAAAGACUCACCUACGACGCCAGCAAGUGGGAGUUCCCCCGCGAACGCCUUAAACUAGGGGAUCCGCUGGGACGAGGGGCGUUCGGACAGGUGGUGGAAGCAGCAGCAUUUGGCAUCGAGAAGACCGCCACUUGCACCACCGUCGCUGUCAAAAUGCUUAAAGAGGGUGCGACCUCCAGCGAGUACCGGGCUUUGAUGUCCGAGCUGAAGAUUCUUAUCCAUAUUGGUCACCAUCUCAAUGUGGUCAACCUGCUCGGUGCAUGCACCAAACCUGGGGGACCUUUGAUGGUGAUAGUGGAAUACUGUAAGCACGGUAACUUGUCCAGCUAUCUGAAGCUCAAGCGUGGAGAGUACAGUCCUUACAAGAGAUGUAGACCGAGGGUGGAGCAGGGCAGUGCAGGUGGAGUGCAGGAAGAGGUGAACGAGGGCAAUCAGGACCUGGACAUCUGUGCAGGCACGGCUGUGGGCUCGGGCCUGAGAGCUGAGUGGGUCUCCAAACCUCCGCAGGAGGAGCGAGGUAGCUACCACACCAGUCCCACAACAAAGCCACUCUCUCACCUAGACACAGAGAGUUCAGACUGGGACCACCUGACCAUGGAGGAUCUGAUCAGAUACAGCUUUCAGGUGGCCAAGGGCAUGGAAUUCCUCUCCUCUCGAAAGUGUAUUCACCGUGACUUGGCAGCCAGGAACAUUCUGCUUUCGGAGAACAACAUCGUGAAGAUUUGCGAUUUUGGCCUAGCCAGGGAUGUGUAUAAAGACCCAGACUACGUGCGAAAAGGAGACGCACGCCUCCCUCUGAAAUGGAUGGCACCAGAGACCAUCUUUGAUCGCGUGUAUACCACACAGAGUGACGUCUGGUCCUUCGGGGUGCUCCUCUGGGAGAUCUUCUCCCUGGGCGCAUCUCCAUAUCCUGGCGUGAACAUCGAUGAGUCCUUCUGCAGGAGUCUGAAGGAGGGUACUAGGAUGAGGCCACCUGACUAUGCCACCCCUGAGAUCUAUCAGACCAUGCUGGACUGCUGGCAGGAUCAGUCCACAGACAGACCCACCUUCACAGAGCUUGUGGAGCACCUGGGUAAUCUGCUACAGGCCAGCGCUCAACAGGAUGGGAAGGACUAUAUCCCAGUUACAGUGGGGGAGGCAGAGUUGAGAUCUGGAGUCGCCCAGCUCAGAAUGACAUCACCAAAUAGAGCCAUGGCAUUCAGCAUAGAGAACCAUCUUAACUAUGACAAUACUCCACCCCUGGGCUAUAGUAAGCAGAUGGACCUCUGUAGUCACCAGAUAUUUGAGGACAUUCCCCUGGAGCAGAGUGGUCAGCCAGAUGGGAGGGUGGGCAUAUCUCAGGAGGAGAUGAGCUCUCUGGACCAUCGAAGCCAGAGGACCACCACAUUCGGGCCCCUCCUGCGGUGCAAGAGCAAAGAGUCUCUGGCCUCGGAAACGUCCAAUCAGACGAGCGGCUACCAGUCGGGCUACCACUCAGACGAUACGGAGGCCCCCGUCUAUGCCAACGAGGAGAUGAUCCCGAAGGGGGGUGUUCUAAAGAAGCCCCUCCCAGAGGCGGAGGACAAGCUGAGCGGAGAGGAGCGCUACAGCGCCCCUCCCGUCUAAGCGCGGCGCGCCUCGGCCUCGCGAGCCGCUGGCCUGGAACAGCAGACUUAGCCUUUUAGAACAGACGUGAUGAAAUUUGAGUGAAUGGCUUCCUGCUUAUGAGAGGCUGGCCAAUAGCCGUGGCUCAAGAAUUGUCAUUUUCUCUGUUCCUUUAUGUUAUUCCUCUGAGACUGUCCAUAUUCUGCAGAAUGGUGUCCUGUCUGUCUGACUCUUCCUCGCAUACUGUCAGCUUAUUUAUAGUUUAUUUAACUAGGUACAUAUGUUAAAAUCAACAAUAUCUACUUAAUAUUAGAGAUACCAAACCUCCCAGUGACAAAGCAGGUCCAGACCCCAAAAUAUGUCAGCAAUUAAGCCUUAUUCCACCAGACCAGGCACUGGGCUUUACCUAAACCAGGCCAGGCCAGGCACUGGGCUUUACCUAAACCAGGCCAGGCCAGGCACUGGGCUUUACCUAAACCAGGCCAGACAAGGCACUGGGCUUUACCUAAACCAGGCCAGACAAGGCACUGGGCUUUACCUAAACCAGGCCAGACCAGGCACUGGGCUUUACCUAAACCAGGACAGACAAGGCACUGGGCUUUACCUAAACCAGGCCAGACCAGGCACUGGGCUUUACCUAAACCAGGCCAGACCAGGCACUGGGCUUUACCUAAACCAGGCCAGACCAGGCACUGGGCUUUACCUAAACUAGGUCAGACCAGGAACUGGGAUUUACCUAAACCAGGCCAGACCAGGCACUGGGCUUUACCUAAACCAGGCCAGACCAGGCACUGGGCUUUACCUAAACCAGGCCAGACCAGGCACUGGGCUUUACCUAAACCAGGCCAGACCAGGCACUGGGCUUUACCUAAACCUGGCCAGACCAGGCACUGGGCUUUACCUAAACCUGGCCAGACCAGGCACUGGGCUUUACCUAAACCAGGCCAGACCAGGCACUGGGCUUUACCUAAACCUGGGAUAUCUUUUUUGGCUGUUUGUUUAUGCUGCCCUCUCAUUAAUUGAAUGAAUUACUUUAGAGAACUGUCAAUCUAUCAUAUAAAAUACCAGUUCAGUUAUCGUCUGCCUCUAUUUUUUUAAGAAAAAAAAACAUAUAAUAUAUUGCGUUGGCGUGGAUAAGCUGCAUAUAUUAGUUUUAAGUCUUUUAAAGGUCAUUUCUUUUGGAGGGAGCCUUGGAAAUGUAAUCAUUGUUUAUACAGACUGCAAGAAAGAGAACUCAAUGAGACCACACCCACUUCCCAGGGCAGAGUCACACCCACUUUCUUCCAGACAGGAAACAGCAAUUGCAAUAUGAGACAACUGAGUAAACAAAUGUUUUUUGUUCUGUAUUUAUCUUUUAUAUUGUUUUAAAAUGAAUCCUAGUCAGCCUCUUUUGAACAACAAGCAACAAAAAAAAAGGCUCCCAAAAUGUUUUUCCUCUUGCUUCUCUUUCGUAUCUCAUGGUUUUAUGAUUGUACAGUUUUACCAAGUGAUAGUGAGGACCUUAAUAUUGUUCACAUAAAAACAUAUACUAAACUUCUGAUAAAUGUAACUAGUUUUAUAAAAUAAACAUUCUUCAAAAUGAAAUCCA